CCCGUUUAACUCGGCGAAAAAAAGUAACACAAUAGCGAUGAGCAGCUAUCUCACUUUUCACGAUUUUUCCAUACAUUUAAUGAAUCGUUCCUUAAAUGUCUCCUUCUACACAACGUCCUUUAUUAGUACAAAAAUCCUACUCAUUGGCAACCAAAGGGCAAAGUGGGAGUAUAUUGAGAGACUUUAUAAAGUGGAUGGUUUUGGUGGCAGAGCAAGAAGCACCAAACUUACUGAGAAGCACAUAAAUCCAACUUCAUAUGACAAAAUGAAGGUCAAAUUUGCAGCCCAAGUUUUUAGCCGGCAAGUGGCUACAUCACUAGAAAUCCAGAUGAAGUCUCUGCUAUCUUUCAAGGAUCAUGAUUACAUAAGUUUAAAUAAAGACAUUGGAAAUGGUUUGUUCACAGCAGAAAUUCUUCUUUUAUAAAUAAUUUCUUUGAUA